AGUGUUUGACCUUUUGACCUUAUUAUACGACCCCCAAGCCUCCCGUUCAAAUAUCGUGUACCUGCCCGGUAAAUCUGUACCAUGUCCCGGCUACUGUGGGCCGGUCUUGUGGCAGUGUUGGUCGCUGUUGGGUUUGGUGUCUACUCUAACUAUGAUGGCUUCGAUCCAGAAUCAUUGCGGGGUGCCACGGUUGUCAUCACGGGCUGCAGUACCGGUAUCGGCGAAGAGAUGGCGUACCAGUACGCCCGGCUGGGAGCAAAGAUCCUCAUCACAGCCAGGAGGGAGAACAGAUUGAAGGAGGUGGUAGCGAAGGCGAAGUCCUUGGGUGCCCAGGAGGCGCACUACGUGGCCGGGGACAUGGGGAAGGCGGAGGACUGUGAGAGAACCAUUCAAACAGUCAAGGACAAAUUCGGACGUCUUGACUAUCUAGUCCUUAACCAUGACGGCUCAAAUGUCAAGAACAUUCACGAGAUGUUCGGAAAGAUCUCUUGGGACCAGGACCCUGACAUGAACUUCUUCGAGGACUACUUACAGGUGAACCUGGUGAGUUAUGUCCGGCUGGCCUCCAUGGCCCUGUCUCUGCUGAAGGAGAGUAGCGGACACAUCGUGGCCGUGUCGGGUCUGCAAGGAAAGGUUCCGUUUGCCACCCUGGCCUGGGGCUCGGCGGGGAAGUUCGCCGUUGACGGGUUCUUCAGCUCCCUCCGUGUGGAACUGAUGAAGGCUGGACAGGACGUGUCCGUCACCCUGCCGGUACUCGGCUUCAUCAGGACGCCGAUGGUCGAGAAAAUGUAUGAGAAAAUGGAGAAGGGACAGGACAUGUUAGACAUGGCGGCGCCCAUGGACGAGGCAGCACUGGCCAUCAUCCGCGGCGGGGCGACCCGGGCCCGGGAGGUGUACUACCCGGCCAUGACCCGGCCCCUGGUGAUACUCAGAGCAUUUUUUCCUAACUUUGUCGACAGCCUCCUCGCGGACUAGAAGUGUAGACGGACAUUCAUAAGAAAACUUGACAGUUGACUCAGCUGCUAUCCUUUUGAUGUAAAUUAGAUUUUAUUGUCGUGUGGCGUUACGGCAGCGUGCUCGAC